AUGAGGAGUGGCAGUUCGGAAUUACUACUCGAGCAGCAACAACAAGAGCUACGGUUACGUAAAAUCCGAGAACUGGCUCCAAAAAAGAAAAAUGGCAAUCGGCGCUUUCGUUCGUGGCGGGAACGUGCGCGUUUCUAUGGCACCUCCACACUCGCCUUUUUCUCGGUGACGGCCGGCGCAUCGCUGCUGUUUCUGGUGCCGCUCUAUGUGGAUCCAGCCAUAUCGACACUGAGCCACGAUUUUAUCGAGAAUCCAACGUUGUGCACAACAACGCGUCGCGAGGAUCUUGUCGGCAUAUUCAAUUGCUCGUGGAGCUCCUGUCGCGAGGGCUGCACCUCCGAUCUCUAUCGCUGUGUGCACAUAUAUGUGACUUUUAUUGAACAGAACAUUACGAUACCAGAGAACAUGACCGACUAUACCAACUACACCGCCGAGUGGGAGCAGUCCGGUGAGGCCACAUUGCUGGUCAACAUUAAGGGAUGCGGCUAUCCGCCCACUGUCACGUGCAAGAACUUCAAUAUGUAUUAUGGCGUCGAGGGCGCCAUCUAUCCGUGUUUCUAUUCGCGCAAAAACAAGACCGUCGUCCUCACAUCCUACAAUCAUGACGAUCAGGAGGCCAUCAUCAUUCAUUUUUUUGUGGUCCCCUUUGUGAUAACGGUCAUCUCAUCCAUCGCCCUCUGCAUCAUGCAUUGCGAUUGCCGCUGUAAAAAGGAUCGCAGCCAUCGGCGCAAUCGUCCGCAGUGCCGCCGGCCACGCAUUGAGAAUCUCAGUGACACUUCGAUAUCAACGCGCGUGGACAUGCUCACGCCUGCUAUUGAAGUCUAUAAGCCGCCACUCUGACACAAAGAUGACACUGUGGAGAGCAAUUUAGGGAAUCCAUCGACGAGUAGCGAUUUCUAGCAGAAGCUAAUCAUCACUGCGGAACUAACUACGGAUAAUCUAUUUGUUCUUCCAUCAUAGUGUCAAUCAAGUCUAGCUAACUGACUAAUCUGAAUGCCAUUGGCAAUGGCGGCCAAACAAUUCCUCAGGCGCCCAAAAGCCAGGGCCAAGGCCGUCGAUAACUACAGUGGGGGGGAGGGGGCAACACUGAAAAGUUUUAGCAAAACUACCAAAUAACAAAAACACAUAUGUAUACCCAUACUAAACACAAAUACACACACAAACACACGCACACACAUGAACACUGAAGUGCAACAAGAGAACAAACACAUGAAUAAUAAUAAUAAUAAUUGAUCCAACUGAAUAAUUCCUAAGAUUGAUUACAUUUAGUUACUUUUUAGCGUUAAUGAUUUUUAAACCUGGCCGUGUGGCGGCAACCCAAAUGCUGCAAAAGAAGCAAAAACAAAUGGAAACUAGUUCUAAGCAUAGGUUAUUCAAUAUAUACUACAUAUAUACACGUAUAUAUAUUUACGGCAAUGCAACAUCGCAUAUUUUCUUAUAAGAGUGAUGAAAGGUGGCGCAUAAG